UUAAAGAAACUUAACACGUGUGAACGAAAUCAUCGUCAUCUUCAUCAUAUCUUCACUGGUUUCGCAUACACGUUAAAACUUCCCCUUCUUUUUGUUUUACUUUCUCUGCCGGCUUUUUAUUUUACAACUGAUUACGGAAGAUUUCAUUUCUCCGGCGAAAAACAAGACAAACAAAAUUGUUGACUUAAAAGAACAGAGCUGAGAUUUCCGACACCUUUGUCGGCUUCGAAAAAUUUUAAAAAAAUUCAAAAGGAAAGGGAAAAAGGAGAGAAAAAUUGUUUUGGGGGGCUUUCUUUUUCUUGUUUACUUCUUCUUGAUGUUGUUGCUGUUUGGUUGGAAGGAAAAUGUUAAUUUCCUUUUUUUAAAUUUCUGAGAAACUGAUCAGGUAAAGUGGCGUUCUCUGUGUGGUUAAACAUAGUUCUAAAAUAGGUUGGGGAUAAUUAAUGCUAAAACUGAGUCAAUAAAUAAAAGGCUUGUCGUGGGUGGUUCUCUCUCAAAAACCCAAAAAUAAAUAAUCAGGGAAAACAAAUAGAGCCGUUUGUUUGGUUUGCUAUGGCCAUUAAUAGCACAUAGAAGUAGAGAUUUUUGACUUUUGACCCUUUUAAUUACGAUGUUUUUUUUUGGAUAAUUACAAGAACUCUCUCAUUUCCUUAAUAAUCUCUGUUUUCUUUCUUUCAUCUGUUGUGAAAAUCCCUCUUAAAACACCCAAAGCUGGGGUUUAGAGCUUUGUUUUUUAAGCUUCUUUAUUCCUAUUAUUUACUUUGUUUCCUUUCGAGCUAUCCCAAACUCCAAAGACUCUUCCUCACCCUUAAGGUCCCCUUUGUUUCAUGUACAACCUUGUUUAUGUUUUCACUUGGCUUUUACAGUGAAGAUUGUUGGAAGUUCCAGCACUGAAUCAACAGAGAAGAACCAAAAAAAAAGAGAUAGUGAACAAGUGCUUUGCCAUUCAACUGUAGGCCUCAAGAGUGACUCAAAGCCGUAUUCCUUUAUAGACUCUAAACCUUUCAAAAACAAAGAGAAGCCUCUGGAUUCUGUUGGACUGAAUGCAGAAGGAUUUGUGAAGAAUGAUAUGAACAGGGUAAUGCAUGAUAUAAAAGGAAAUGAUGGAGAUACGGACCCCAUGCUAUAUCUAGAGAAGACAGGAGAUGGAUGGCCAGCAUCAAAACUUAAUUGUUCUAUGAGUGUAAAUGACUUUUCCAAUGGUAAUGAAAUGGAGGCCCGAGAUUUCGUGCCACCAAAUUCUCAUUCUUUGAAGAAUAUGGGUUCAUUUCAGGACUCGGUUUUUUAUUUGGACAAAAGUGUAAUGGAAUGUGCAUUGCCCGAAUUGGUAGUUUGCUAUAAAGAGAGUGCAUAUCAUGUCGUCAAAGACAUCUGUAUUGAUGAGGGAGUUCCAACUCAGGACAAGUUCUUGUUUGACAGUGGUGUGGACAAGAAGAGUGAUUGCAACUUUCUGCCUUCUGAAGAGGAUCAAGACAGUAAGCUGCUGAAAGAAAAACGGGAGAGUGAUAUAUCUAUGCAAGCUGGUUCCAUGUAUCCAGAAGAAAAUCAAAUGGACAAGGAUAAUGAACGUGAUUCUAAUAAAAAAACCAUUUCUGAUAAAUAUACCCAAGAUAUUUCCUUAUCUCUAGAAGAAAAUGAGCCUAAAAACAGAAUUCCAAGUCAAUGUGAUACGGAGGAUUUGAUACUGUCUAGGAAAAUGAUUGACGACACAAUGAAAAUGGCCAGAGAUGAUGUCUCCAAAGAGUUGUUUACCCUUGGAGAGUUGCUUUCCAUGCCAGAAUUCAGCACAGUGAAACCCGAAGCUAUGUCAUCCAAUUGCAAAAGUGAUGGAAUCAAACAACAGUGUUUUCAGAACUCAAAGGAGAAGGAAGUCAUGGUGAUGCCUCCUUUGGUUUCUGCAGAUAAAGAAUCAAACAAUAGCUGCAAGGAGACAAUUCUAUCUGCUUCUGCCCCGGUCUCUGUAGCUGAAGAAAUGGACAGUGUGAAAGGGGAAGCUACCAUGUUCAGCCCUGCUACCAGCAGCAGCCUUGUCAAUGAGGUAUCAGAUGAUAGCAAACUGGCAGCUCGAAGUAUCGCAUUUGGCUUUGAUUCUUCUGCAUUGACGAGCAGCAAAGAUGAGGGUUGCCACAAUCUUGAUCGUGAAGCUCUUGAGACUGGCCAUACACCCAAGCUUGAAGACAUAGCUGAUCAGCCUUCUUCAAACAAUCUUCAAUGUGGAAACGGAGAGUCUAGUUUCUCUGCUACUGGCCUUGUAACAGGUCUAAUAAGUUACUCUGGGCCGAUAGCAUAUUCAGGCAGUCUCUCUCAUAGAUCAGAUAGCAGCACAACGAGCACGCGAUCCUUUGCCUUUCCAAUAUUGCAGUCUGAAUGGAAUAGCAGUCCAGUAAGAAUGGCAAAAGCAGAUCGGAGACAUUACCGGAAGCAUAGGGGUUGGAGGCAGGGACUCCUUUGCUGUAGAUUCUGAAAAUCCAUAGGUUAUACAAAUUUUUAUUAAUUUUGUUUAUCAAGGUAUAUACAUCAUCUACUUAUCUCUGGCUUGGCUUGUAAUGUGCAGUAGGUUUUAGAGUUUGGAUCUCAUGCAUGCAAAUUGAGCUGCAAACAAUAUCCUAAUCCUAUAAUAUUCAUAUAUCAUUGUAGUAUUUAUUUAUUUACUUUUGGUUUUUGGUUUUUGGCUUUCGUGUUCAUAAUCUCAACAUAUAUCAGAUAAAGAGAGUUCAUCAUUAGUCAUAA